GGUCAAACGCGUCACCACGGGGAAUCUCGCGCUGAGACAACACUAUCCGGCGUCAUCACCAGUUGCUAUAGCAACCAUUUGUUUAGUUAUUUGCUGCCUGUGGUUAGAGGAAGUUCCGACACAUUUUGUUGGUUUCAGCCGUUCGAAACAAGGGGAGAACCAUGUCUGACCUGGCCCACAGACUCCAGAAGUUUGGAGGACCUGAUUUCCUCAAUGUUGAGGUUGCACUGAGCCGUGCUGAGCUCUUCAGAGCAGAGUGCAAGAGGCUCAUUUUGGAGACUGAGAAAGCAUGCAGACGCAUGCAGAAUGAUGACAGCAAGUAUCUUGACCAGCGGGUCAGAGACAUCCGGUUUCUGAAGAAAGAGCUGGAGCUGAAGCUAGAGGAGAUUGUUCCAGAGAUUGAUGUCCUCUUAGCCUUAAAUAGCAGAGUGAUGAAGGCCCUGGAGAAGAACAAAGAGGCCCUGAGAGUCACCAUUCUCUGUCUGGAUGAAAGAAGGAAACAGGCCCCUUCUGACAGGCUGCAUGAUGAAGUGAACACCGAGCUGCUGAAAGAGUGGGACACCUUUGAAGAAGUGGCAUCUCUACUUCAGAAUGUGCAAGAGCAGAUCUUUGAGCAGAUACGACGGAACAGGUCUGCUAAGUACCACUUAGAACAGGAUCUGAAGGAAAAAUUUGAAGCUCAAAGCAUCGAUAACUCCUGUGCCUUGAUGACCAUCCGUUCCAUCAAUAACCUUCAGAUGUCCAAGCCAAACCUCACUGGACUAGGAAGCUCAGCAGUCACUCCAAAGCUGUGGGAGAACAUCUCAGACCUCAACAUAGCCAAGGCGGAGCAGCAGAAGAGAAACUCUUUGUCCCUGCGGGCCCUGGUGGAGUCUGUGCUGGGGCAGAUGUCUGCGGACAUGCAGAGGCAGUUGGAGGCUACUACAAAAGCCUUUCAGGUCAACAUUCAGAACCUCAAAUCUACCAAGGGCCAACUGGAAGAGAAACUGCCUAAGAUCUUGUCUGAAAUCAACAACCAGCAGAGGAUCAGAGAGGAUCUCCGAGAAGCCAUCAGAGAGAACGAACAUUUCCUGACUCUGGCCCAGUCCCGGCUGGCUCUGCGCCAACAGAGGCCUGGCAAAGAGCAGUGCCAUGACACAGCACAGGCCCAGCUCCUCGCUGAAGUCCAGCAGCUCAUCGCCCACAUCAGCAAACUGUAUGAGGAAAUGGCCCAGUCUGAGGAGGAGCAGAGGGCGCUGGAUCGCUGCCAGCUGGAGCUGAAGGAAAACAUCGACAACAAGGCCAGCUCUCUCUACAUUGAUGAGGUCGUGUGCAUGCAGCACAGGGAGCCAAUCAUCAUACCCAACUUCUGACCUAUCACCACUUGGAGGGCUUCAUGUGUAUGUGCUGUUUAUUCAUUCAUACAUGUUAAGUAUGCAUUUUAAAAUAAAUACAGUUAUAUAAAA